UAGAAAACCAAGCGGUGGUAACUAACCCACAAAAGCACGAUUUGAAAAGAUAAAAAAGUAGCAAUUCCAGCAUCAUGAGAUUUCAAUUGAUUUUUCUUCUCCUCGUUGUUCUGUUGGCAUCUAAGACUACGAGAAAUGAAGCUAUCCCUGGCGGUUGGAGUCCGAUCGAGAACAUCAACGAUCCACAUGUGACCGAUGUCGCCAAUUUCGCCGUUACCGAAUACGACAAGCGAAGUGGGGCCAAGCUGAAGUUCGAGAAAGUUAUCAAAGGUGAAUCCCAGGUUGUCUCAGGAGCCAAUUACCGCCUCGUACUUUCUGCUAAUGACGGUUCCGUUUCUAACCACUACGAAGCUGUUGUUUGGGAGAAGGUAUGGCUGCGCUUUAGGAACCUCACUUCCUUUGUUCAAGUUCAUGCUUAAAUUCUUAAAUGUUGCUUAUUAUUUCAUCUUAUAAUAGCAUCAUUCCUCUGUAUGACUUAUUGUUAUACCAUAAAUAAAAGUUUAUGCUAUGUUCUUGAUUUUGAUUUGUUU